UUCCCAAGUAAAUUUUUGGCGCGUUCGCCUGAUCGUCAUAAAUUUUAGACCACUGAAACAUUACUGCAUUUCACGGAAUUUUCCGAUCUAAUCACCAGAAGUAUAACCCUUUGCUUAAGAUUUAAUAUUUUGAAAACAUGGCAGUAAACGGUGUCAAUGGUCAUGGAUUUCACUUCCUUCGUGAGUCCCUUGAAGAGAACGAUCCUGAUAUUUACGAAAUUUUGAAAAAAGAGAAGGAACGCCAAGUUCGCGGCCUCGAGCUCAUCGCCUCGGAAAAUUUCACCAGUACAGCUGUUAUGGAAGCUCUUGGUUCAUGUAUGACCAACAAGUAUUCUGAGGGGCAAGUUGGACAGAGAUAUUACGGAGGAAACCAGUUUGUGGAUGAAAUGGAGGCAUUGUGCAAGAAGCGAGCUCUCGAAGCUUUUCGGCUUGACCCAGAAAAAUGGGGUGUGAAUGUGCAGGCAUAUUCUGGCUCCCCAGCAAACUUUGCAGUCUACACUGGGCUUCUAAACCCUCAUGACCGUAUCAUGGGCCUUGAUCUACCUGAUGGAGGGCAUCUGACACAUGGCUUCAUGACAGAGAAGAAGAGGAUAUCUGCAACUUCCAUCUACUUUGAAUCAAUGCCAUACAAGACCAACCCAGUGACAGGCUUGAUAGAUUAUGAAAUGCUUGCUCAGACCGCGAGACUGUUCCGUCCCAAGCUGAUCGUUGCUGGAAUCAGUGCAUAUCCGCGGCAUCUGGACUAUGCUAAAUUCAGGGAGGUUUGCAAUGAGGUUGGUGCUUACCUCAUGGCUGACAUGGCACACAUCAGUGGUCUUGUUGCUGGUGAUGUAGUCCCAGGUCCAUUUGAGUAUGCAGAUAUUGUCACAACAACAACUCAUAAGUCACUCCGAGGGCCACGCUCUGGUGUCAUAUUUUACCGCAAGGGAAUUAAAGGGUACAAGAAAAAUGGGGACCCUAUCAAAUAUGACUAUGGACCCAAAAUUGACUUUGCCUUGUUCCCUGGUCUUCAGGGUGGUCCGCACAACAAUCAAAUUGCCGCACUUUGUACAGCAUUCAAGCAGGCCAACACACCAGAAUUCAAGGAAUAUGCCCAACAGAUUUUGGACAACUGCCAAGCACUGGCCAAGGUUUUAUUGAGUCGAGGCUACACACUUGUGUCAGGGGGAUCUGAUAACCAUCUGGUUUUACUUGAUCUGCGUCCACUGGCAAUUGGUGGUGCCUUAGCUGAGAAGGUUCUGGAAGAGGUCGCAAUAACGGUGAACAAAAACACCUGCCCUGGUGACAAAAGUGCUCUCCGUCCAGGUGGACUGCGCAUUGGAGCUCCAGCUCUCACAACCCGCACCAUGAAGACAAAGGAUUUUGAGCAAGUAGCAGACUUUAUUGACCGUGGAAUCAAACUGGGACUGGAAGUGCAGAAGAUCAGUGGGCCAGACCAAAAGAAAUUUGAAGAGGUUUUAUUGGGCGAUCAGUUUAAGGGCAAAGUUGAGGCAUUGAAACAGGAAGUUGAAGAGUUUGCAGUCCGAUUUCCCAUGCCAGGACAUGAUCUUAUUUAAGAUAUUGCCACUAUGUGUGUGCCAGUCAGCAUUUAGAUAAAAUAGACACAUGCUGACUAAAUAUUUAAAAUGAUAAUGUCGAGAUUCAUGCAUUUUGCAGAGCAACUUUCCAGGGGCUACAAUUGAAGUUUCAGUUUAGUAUAAAAUGUCAGCAACCCUUUAACUCCCAGAUCAAAUUUGGUACUCUCCUUACUGUGAACCUUACUAUUCUUAUAAUGUUAGUUCAGAGAAUUUAGUAUUGGAUCAACUAAUUAUUCCCAAAUUUAUAUUUUUCUUUGUUCUUAUCACUUCUUUGGUUGAUAUUGUAUUGAUAUUGUAAGGAGAAUUCUGUCUUGGUCACUCAUGGGAGUUAAAGGGUUGAGAUUGCAUUUGCAAUAUACAUGAAACAAGUGUCAUUAUUAAGGACUGAUAUGUUGCUCAAAAAUCAUGUUAUACCUCCAAUAGACAAAUCUGUUGAUUAUUCAAUAGUGUUGAUAAACUGGUGAUGAGCUCCACAUGGGAAAAGUCAGUAAUUUUCUGGAGGUUCACAGUCAUUAUUAGGCAUAACAUUUGCUGCUGUUUUGAGUCUGUACUAGUCCUUCCUUUAGAUGCUUCAUCAUAUAGUUGAAAAUAAACUCUCCAAACAAUGCACUUUUCAGGCAGAUGUUAGGAUGUAAUAUCAAAUUUUUAUUCAGAGAGAUGCUAUCCAUGAGAGAAGGAAUUGAAAAUGCAUCAAACAAUCUACAAAAAGAAACCAGUUUCACAGUCAUUUUCACGUGAUCCAAUAAAUACAAGGUUGUUGAUCAGGCUUAAAGGAAACUUAGAAGAUACUGCAUCUCGCACAAUUCACAUUUAUUGGAUCUAGAAGCAAUUACUUUGGCCCAGGAGGAUUGGGGAAGGAAGUAAAAUAGCUCGUUUUGACUUUCGAUGGGGGAGGGGGUUGGGUUUGAUCACUUAUUUAACUUAUGAUUCAGUCAAUAAACACUCAAAAUAAAACAUUUGCUUCAAAAAUUUGAAAACCA